GCAACCCGCGGACCAACGCCAAGUUCGUAGUGGCCACGCAGGUGGCCGGGUGGAUCAUCGGCAAGCAGGGCCGGCACAUCCGGGAGCUCCAGGACAACAGCGGGGCACACAUCCAGGUGCUCAAGGAGGGUGAGGUUCCCCCGGGUGUGCCGCCCAGCGACCGCAUUGUGGAGAUCGGGGGCCGACACGAGGCCAAGGCUGAAGGGAUUCAGAUCAUCCUCAUGGCCGUGGACAGCAUGCCCGCCAUGUCUGCACCCCGGGAGACGCUGAUGCUGAUCCCCCGGCAGCUCACCAGCGAGGCGGAGGUCAAGGACGUGCGCCAGAUGUCCGGCUGCGAGGUGGAGGUGCGAGACCUGCCGGCCCACGACGAGGGGCUGUGCACCCUCCUCGGCAGCCUGGAGGCCCGUGUCAAGGCCGCGCAGCAGUUCCUCAAGCGCCUGGAGGAGGUGGUGGGCGACGGCAGCUUUGUGGCGGAGAAGGCCCCGACUGCUGCGGCACCAGCGAGGUCCUUUCCGGAGAAGCCCGAGGAUCCCUGGGCCAAGCCAGCGCCCAGUGCCCAGGACGACCCAUGGAGCCGUGCUGACCCCUGGACGAAAGGCUGGCUGAACCUCGAGUGA